AUGCUGUGCUUCUUGAAGGGCAUGGCCUUCGUCCCCUUCCUCCUGGUCACCUGGUCGUCCGCCGCCUUCAUCAUCUCCUACGUGGUCGCCGUGCUGUGGAGGCAUGUCAACCCCUUCCUUCCCUAUAUCAGUGAUACAGGAACAACACCUCCAGAAAGUGGUAUUUUUGGAUUCAUGAUAAACUUCUCUGCAUUUCUUGUGAUUGUCUGUGCUUCCCUCAUUUCUAUCACCAAACUGGAGUGGAAUCCCGAAGAAAAGGAUUACGUGUACCACUUGGUGAGUGCCAUCUGUGAAUGGAUAGUGGCCUUCGGUUUCGUUUUCUACUUCCUAACCUUCAUCCAAGACUUCCAGAGUGUCACCUUAAGGAUAUCCACAGAGAUCAACGAUGACAUCUGAAGCAAGAAGACCUCUCUCUCAACUGGUCAAUGUCACAGUUAGCGUCUCAAAGCGGUACAGAGGACAGACAGGGCUUUGAUGCUGACCUGAUCCCAAUGCAUGUGCAGCACACCCAGGUCUUGAAAGACGUCCCCAGAGUUGUCCUAUUUCCACAGGUGUGUCUCCCAGAGAAGGUAAAGGACCUAUGACAUUGUAGUGACGUUUUAUAAUUUUCUAACUAGGCACUUAUAUAGAUAUAUAGUAAUGCAUUUAUAGGGAAAACAUAAACGUGUUCUUAUUUUUCUACAGACUAAAUCUUAUUUUGUGUGAUUUACACUGAGGGAUUCCAAGCUUAGUACAUUCAUUGAAAAGUAAGAUCGGUGGGGUCUGCAGAAUUCACUUGUACCUUUAUAGAAUGAAUUGUGCACCUUUAUGUCAGGAGAGCAUUUAGAAAGUUCACGUUACAGUUGAUCAUGACUGAGCUCCUGCAUAGACACUACUGAGGAUAACUACUGAUUUUCAAGUGAAAUAAGCAAAAUGCCUCCAUGGAGAGACCGUCACACCUCUGCACACACUAACACUAAACGAGCGUGCCAAGACCUGUUUUGAAACCCCUCUCUCUACGGCUUCCUGCUCACAUGGCCCUGACUUUGACCCUUGCCAGUAAUCCACUGUCCACAGUGAGAGCAAUGCCAGUGGGAUGGAUUAAUGCCAGCAAGGCUGGUUAGAAAUAAAGAGCCUAGCAGGACAGAGGACAUACGCCUAACAGGCGAUUGGCUAACAGAACAUAAUCUCCUGGGGCUCACACCCUGGUCUUCACUGGGCAGACCAGGGGGGAAGAGCAGUCAGCAAGCCCCAGGCUCAUGGAAGGCAGGGCUGUGGAAAAGAGACCUCUGCUUAAUGUGAGGGGGCUUCAAAAAGUUUGUGGGCCAUUCUCUUAUUUUUUCAUUCCGAUUUUCCAUGGAUUUUUUGAAACACAGCCCCCCCCCCCCCUCCAAUAUGGAAGGCACUGCAAAGUCAAUGUGUGGAAAGCAUUAAAAGAAACGGUUCCUCAAACCACCCUUCAUUGCUACUGGCUUAACACAAGAAUGCUGACACUCGGUCGCCUUGAAUGCCAGUGAAGCUGUCAACAAGAACAGGACCAACAGAGGCCAGGAGAAAGCUGGAGAGAGGGCCACGGGCAGUUCCAGGUUCAAGGCGCUCUUUAAUUGCUCCCCCCUCAUGCCUGUGGCUAGUGGCACCAUGCCAUGAAGGAAUGUGAGUCAGGCCUUUUGCUUUAAGCCGGACCUACAGUUUCUACUUUUUCACCCAAAUGUUGAGGGCUGUAGAAACAUUCAGUCAGCCUGGGGGAAGCAGUGGUGCUUGAAAUUAACCUUGAAGGCCUGGUCUUGAAUACUUGAGAAGGGCCCGGCCUUCAGGGCCCCAAGACAGAAAACUCACGUCUGGCCUAAUAGGAUUGAACCUUGAGGGCAUUGUAUCAAGGAGCCCAAUUGGACAGCCUGGGAGGGAAGCUACGGAUGGAGGCUGCAUGGAGCCCCUUAAUAACGAUUUGAGUGAGGGAAGGGGCCACAACCAGCUUCCUCUCCCAUGACGAACUGCGUCUCCCCUAAGUGUACAAUAGUGCAAACCUGAUAGCCAUUUCUGAGACCAUUGUAACCUGUAAUAAGACUGUGGCACCCCCUUGUGACGCUGGAACUGAAGGCCAGCACUAAAGACGGUCAACUGAGCCUGAUUGGAGGAGGAGGAAAGACGAAGGACGCCGCCCAUCAUUCCAUGGAACCGUGAGAGGACGGAUCCCUGUCUGUGUUGUACUUUGCAUAGACUUUUGUCACCAGCACUUGUUAAUACUGCCCUGUCCUCCUAUGUGUGCAUCCUGUGUGCGCAGUUAGACGGGCGGGAGGGGGGUGGGGCUCCCUGAGGGCAGUACAUGUGCCUUACUCUCGGUCUCUGUAACCCCUGUCUGUAACACAGUGCCUCCUGGCACAUAGUAGGUGCUUCGUAAAGUACUCACUGUAUGAAUAAAGGCGUGACCGGGGGCGUUUGUGGUGCUGCACCCUGGGAUUGGCUCUGGUUUACUAGCUGAGUUCCUGGCUGCUUUGCUGGGUGUGGCUGCCACUGUUUCGGCCAGUGCUCAUCAACCUGGGCAGCUACCACAGACACUGUGAUGGGGCGAGACAAAACGGCACCACCUGGCCGUGGCAGCCCGAGAAGCCCGAGUCACUCCGGACAGUCCGAUCCUGCUUCUCCCCCGGGCCUCUAAAGCCGGCCUGACCCAUGUUUGCUGGGCAGGAGUUCCGAUUUCUGUGAAGUUGUGUUUCCUUGGAUCCUGUGGCU